CAAAACCAGAUGGACUGGUAACUUUUGAAAGGAUUAGCAUUCCACCAUCACAGCUCCCUAAAUGUGAAAAGUAAGUUACACGAAUUACAAUCUAAACAGACUCAAGUGAUGUGACAUGCCUCUUACUGAUCGUGUUGGACUUUAGAACAAAGGUUCCCCUGAGGAACCUUCACAUCUCUCCAGAAGGAUCCAUUGAGAAUGAGGGCACAGGGAUGCUGCAGGUCCUCGGAUGUACAGUCUUACUUCUGGCUACAACAAAACCUUUUCUUGGGUCUGUCCAUAUGAUGAUCACACAAAGCGCCACAAUCAAAUUCAUAGGGAUAUCUGGAAGAGACAUUAUCGGCAGGUUGUUACCAUCUAUGCACUUGACUUCAAGAACCCGAGGGAACAGUACACUAAAGACAACAUAAAACGAGAACUCAACAAGGCGUUUGUGGGAUUCCACGGAGACGUGAAAACAGCCAUCGCAACGGGCAACUGGGGCUGCGGCGCCUUUAAAGGAGAUCCUAAACUCAAAGCUCUCAUCCAGUUGAUGGCUGCUGCGGUGAACGGACGAGACAUGGCUUACUUCAUCUUUGGCAAUAAAGAACUUGCAAAAGAAAUACAAACAAUGCAUGAGAUGCUGACCAUGAAAAAAGUGACCGUGGAUCAACAUUCAGUCCGAAGAUGAACUUAAACUACAGCGGGAACAAGAAUAUGAAGCAUUAUUGGAUCGUUUCUUCUCUCAACAUGUAAACUGUACAAGCUCCUGAAGAAGUUCUGUGGAAACUGUGCUAAUGAAAGUGGCUAGCCAAUAAACCUGUACAAAUUCAUCAGAGAGAAGAUCAGGCAGAAGGAUAACAAACUAGUAAAAACAGUAUUAUGUAAAGCUAUACUCUGAAGGAACUGAAUAAUGAUACAACUGUAUGACAACAAACUCUUAGAAGAAAGGGAUCAUUGGGGUUCUAUAUAGAACCAUAGGGUUCUUUACUCAAGUCCAAAGAACCUUUUAUGCUAAAAAGGUUCUAUAAUGACAAGAAAUAACCUUUUUGGUACAAAGGGUUCAUAUCUUGAAUUUUGUGAUCAUUCACAUACAUUCAUAAAUGCAUUUGAAUACACCGUAUAAUGCAGUGAAAGAACGCACUCAAAAUGCACACAGGCACUAGUAUGACUUCAUCAUGUAGGCCUAAUUUUACAUUAGCCUAGAUGCGUGCACUUUUUAGGCACGAUUUGUUUAGUUUUUUAAUAUACUUGAUACUGUUAAAAGGCACAUCAUUAAAACAAAAAAUACGAGUUCACAUUUCACAUCUAAACAAGCGUGGAAAACGUAAAUAGAACUAGCUACAAAAUUAGUUAAAAAUGCCUAUCCACAUACAGCUAUGAUUUGCGAACCCCAAACUGACUCAAAUGAUUCGCGAUCCCGCUUUGAACACCCGAACUGAUUCAAAUGAUUCGCGAUCCCCAAACUGACUCAAAUGAUUCGCGAUCCCGCUCCAACUCCCAAACUGGAGUCAGAGGACUCAAAUGUUUUGCGAUCCCGCUACGAACUCCCGAACUGCUUCAAAUGAUUCGCGAUCCCGCUACGAACUCCCGAACUGCUACAAAUAAUUAGCGAUCCCCAAACUGAUUCAAAUGAUUCGCGAUCCCGCUACGAACUCCCGAACUUAUUCAAAUGAUUCGCGAUCCCCAAAUUGACUCAAAUGAUUCGCGAUCCCGCUACGAACUCCCGAACUGACUCAAAUGAUUCGCGAUCCCGAUCCAACUCCCAAACUGGAGUCAGAUGACUCAAAUGAUUCGCGAUCCCCCUACGAACUCCCGAACUGCUUCAAAUGAUUUGCGAUCCCCAAACUGACUCAAAUGAUUCGCGAUCCCGCUACGAACUCCCGAACUGAUUCAAAUGAUUCGCGAUCCCCAAUUUGACUCAAAUGAUUCGCAAACCCGCUUUGAACUCCCGAACUGACUCAAUGAUUCGCGGUCCCGCUCCGAACUACCGAACUGUUUCAAAUGAUUCGCGCCGCUACCAACUCCCGAACUGACUCAAAUGAUUCGCGAACCCGCUACGAACUCCCGAACUGACUCAAAUGAUUAGUGAUCCCAAUACAUGCUAUAAAAGUGUGCACAUUGAGAGAAAUAAACAGCAGAUGUUCAUGUUAACAACUUCUUUAACUUGAGCAAACGCUGCUAAUACACAAACAUUUGUUAAUAAAGUAGAUAAAAUGAAAACAUGAAUGUUUUAAUGCUACUGAAUAAAAAUAAACGAUCCACUCAAAAGUCUCUGCUCAUCAUGACAGGACCUGGAUCAGUGAGCUGCCUCUCGGGCGAUGACGUCACUUCCAUGGAGGCAUGUUGUACACGCCCCUGUCCCUUGACUCCGCCCCUACUUCGAAACCGUGCCACAAACAUAGACAGUAAAAGAAAUGGACACAGCGACCCCAUUGGAACUCAUUAAUAGAUAUGACCAUGGAAAAUAUUUAUUGCAAAAUCAUUGCUUUCGUGCUGUUUCAUUUGUUUUGCAAUUCUUAAUUUUUGUUUGCAAAAAGCAAAUGUAUUUUCCUCAAUACUUUAAAUAAAAUGUUUUAAAUUUGU